AUGUCCCAGGUAUUUCUGCCUGCUGGAUGGUCAUCUUUCCUUCACGUGCAGUGCCCCCUCGCUGACGAUACGGAACAACACUCGUUCCGUGUCAAGCUUCACAAAUUGUUUAAUCUCCCUCUUGUGGUGCCAUGUCUCCGAUCAGCUCAAGCAGUUACGUUUGCUCCAUCCAAACUUCUACGGUCUCCUCAUAUCCACAUAAAUAAACCGCGAGGAGUCGUCUCCGUAGUGAAGGGAGAUUACCAUUAUCACCACUACAUGCAGGACGGAAUGGAUGAUGCUGGUUGGGGAUGCGCCUAUCGCAGUUUGCAGUCUAUUUGGAGUUGGUUCAUCCUCAAUGGCUUCACAGAUAAACCAGUGCCCAGUCACGCAGAAAUACAACGGUGUUUGGUGGAGAUCGGUGACAAAGAGAGAAGUUGCGAGGGAGUGGCGCACACAAUCCUUGGAGUGGAUUUCGAUGAAAUUACGAGGAACGAUAAAUCGUAUUGA